CAAACAGGAUGCAUGAGCAUGAAUGUUAGUCUCAGACGCUUACUUGUUUUUGGCUAUGAAUGGACUACCACAUAUUGGUCGCAUUUCUCCCCAAAAGCUCCCAGGGACCUUCUGGGUGUUACAGCUAAUUUGUUGAUCUCUAUGGCGAAGAUGUUGUGGAUUUUUCUGCUGCAGCUCAUCAGCAGCUUUGCAGGGUUUUCUGAAGCUGAACAUGAGACGCUGUGCACCUCCAACGCCUGCUUCACCCUGCACAUGAACAUGGUGCACUUUGAUGAGGCCGUAAAGAACUGUGUCCACAAUGGAGGAUACUUGAUGACAGUGAGAGACCGACAAGAAGAGGAUGUGCUCCGUUCGCUUCUCUCGCAGAUCCAAAGAAAAAGUCCGGACAGGGCUCUUACAUUUUGGAUUGGAUUAAAACUGCACAAAACUGACUGCACGUCAUCUAACAAGACUCUCAGGGGGUUUAAGUGGGUGUCUGGGAACGAAGAUUCUAACUACUCCAACUGGUUAAAAGAACCUGCCAAUACAUGCACAGAGAGAUGUGUACAAAUUUACAUCAAAUCAGGUGAACUGUUAUGGAUCGACAGAAAGUGCAAAAGCCCUACCUUUUAUGCGUGUAAGUUUUAUUUCAAGGGAAUGUGCAAACCUUUAGCUUUGUUGGGGCCUGGAGAAAUAAACUACACAGCUCCUUUCUCAGAAGAGCCACAAAGAAGUGACAUGCAAUCCUUUCCCCUAGGGACAUAUGCAGAUAUUUUAUGUAGUGACCAACAGUCUCAAUACUCUGUGUGCAUGGGGGCGGACGACACCUAUCGUUGGAAUGUUCCUGGUCCACUUUGCAAAACAGGAAAGGAAGACUGUGAAAGAAACAACGGUGGAUGUGAACAUUUGUGCCACCAGGAAGCAGAUGAGGUUAAAUGCUUGUGCAAAGAAGGUUACAACCUGGAUGAGGAUGGAUUCUCUUGCAUUGUGAAGGAUGUGUGUGGCGUGGGCACCUGUGAGCAUCAGUGCGUGACGACGGAGUCUGGGUAUUUUUGCAAGUGUCCUGAUGGGUUCAGACUGGAUGCAAACCAACGGAACUGCUCUGACGUCGAUGAGUGCCAGUUACAGGUCUGUGAGCAUCAUUUGUGUGUAAACACACACGGAGGUUACACCUGUACAUGUCAAAGCGGCUACGAAAUGGUUGCCGGUACUUGCAUUGAUCUGGAUGAGUGUGCGCAAGAAAGAUGCGAACACAGCUGCUCAAACAGUAUUGGAUCCUUUUCUUGUUACUGCAAUGAAGGCUUCAGUUUAUCCCAGGAUCACCAUUCGUGUGAGGACAUUGAUGAAUGCGUCAGUAGUCUCUGUCAGUUUGAAUGUGUCAAUACCAUCGGCAGUUUCCGGUGCACCUGUCCGAAAGGCUUCUACCUGGAGAUUAACAGGUCAAACUGCACUCAGGAAGUGACAGCAACAUCAGCAUCUUCAACAGAGGAGCCUUACAAUGAAGAAACACAAGAAAAAUGUACAGAGUCUUUAACCAGAACAACAGAGGAGCUCCAACACCAGUCCCCUCACACCAACGCGCCGAUUCUGGACCUGGUGAACCUUAUGCCGGACGAUCAGGAGAACAACUCAUCAACAGGUGUGGCUGAGUGGAUCAAUUCCAGGGUGAUCGUCUGCGUUCUUGGUUCAGUCAUUCCUCUGCUACUUUUGGUUGCAGUGACAAAGGCUAUUGCAAUUUUUCGGUGCCAUCGGUCUAAAAAAGAAGCCAAGAAAACGAUAACUACUGAUGGCUACUGUUGGGUGUCCUCUGGUUUGGAUCCGCGUUUAGAGAAACUUUACGAGUCGAUCUUGACUGAUGACCUAUAG